AUAGAAUGAGACAUUUGAUAGCGAAAUUUAACAAAUAUUCUGUGCUUUCUAACUAUUCAAAUAUUACUCGAAAUUUGAACGUUUCUAGAACACCAGGUCGUUUUGUGACUGACAGAAGAGGAAUGACAGCCAAAAGCACAUCGACCAAACUCCUCGUGGGUAUUGUUUCUCAAUAUUUUAUCGAUCAAGCAGGCAUGGAUAUAUUAGCUAAAGGUUGUCCAUCUGCGUGUUUUGUUGCGAUAAAGUACACAGAUGUUUCACUUGAACUUUUGAAAGAUUUGGACAUUCUGAUUGCUGAUCCAGCAUGUGUAUGUAAAUAUAUACAUCAGCUACCAAAGUUAAGGUGGAUACAAUCAACGUUCUCAGGUGUUAGUCCUAUAGUCGAUGUGUUGCAACAAGAUAAGCCUCCCCCAAAGUUUGUCGUCACAAGACAUGCAGGUGUUUUCGGACCCCUAAUGGCUGAGUAUGUGGUUGGUCAUAUUAUUGCACUGGAGAGGAAAUUUUCACUUUCUAGAAAUUAUCAACAGGAUAAAAUAUGGGGUUGGUGGAAGAAAUUUAUUUAUCGUCCACUUUCCGAACUAACGAUUGGAAUACUUGGUUUUGGUGACAUUGGUAAGGAAAUUGCGAAGUACUGCAAGUCAAUGAAGAUGACUGUUAACAUUGUUCAUCGCACUGUUCCUUCUACCAAAAGUUCUUUCGUGGAUGAAAGCUUCUCGACUGAAGAAUUGCCUAAGUUUUUGCAGCAAUGUGAUUACAUUUGCAAUGUACUGCCCAGUACACCGAGUACAAGAGGUCUUCUUUCUGGCAAUAUUUUGGAAAAUUGUAAAGAGAGAAAGACGGUACUUAUAAACAUUGGUCGUGGGGAUGUGAUAAGCUGUGAUAGUAUUUUGAAUGCAUUAAAUAAUCAAUGGAUCGGUGGUGCCAUUUUGGAUGUCUUUAAGGAAGAGCCUCUUCCAAAUGAUAGCGAAUUAUGGACUCAUCCCCAAGUCACUAUUACUCCUCAUAUUGCUGGAUUGUCUACUGAUAACCAGGUGAUUGAUUCUUUUAUGGAGAAUUUUGAGCUUUUUAAAGAGGAAAAACCGAUGAAAUAUGUCGUGGAUUGGAGCAAAGGAUACUAAUUUUCAGGCGUGUCAUGAUCGCAGUUCUCACAAUGGAUUAGUUUUUAAUUUAAUUAGUUUUUUCUUCUGUAUAUAUUCUAGUACCGAUUGACAAUAAA